AUGGUGCUUGUUCCCGUUCACCCUGAUGAGCAAAAAUUCGUCGACACAGCGCUGGAGUUAGUAAAGUCAGCCGGAAGGCUCGUCCGUGAUGCUUUCGAUCAGCCGGUUUGCAUAGUAAAGACCAAAGCAUCUGCCACUGAUUUGGUAACAGAAACUGACCAAGCUGUAGAGAAAUUAUUGAUUGAUGGAUUAUCUUCGGCAUUUCCGCAUCAUAAGUUUAUCGGAGAAGAAUCGACAGCGAAUGGUGCAACUAUUGAGUGGACAGAUGCUCCUACGUGGAUUAUCGAUCCUAUCGAUGGUACGACAAAUUUCGUGCACAGAAUCCCUCUCGUGGCCAUUUGCGUUGGUCUUGCCAUAAAUAAGCAACUCCGUGCGGGAAUAGUGUAUAAUCCAGUGACGAGGGAACUGUAUCUGGCUCAGGUUGGUUGCGGGGCAUUCAAAAAUGGAUUCCCAAUCCACGUGUCUACUACAACUGAACUGAACCGUUCGCUAAUAACGGCAUCGAUGGGAAUCCAUAAUUUGCCCCUAUUUGGCGAAAGCUGGUUGGACAUCGCUCAGAGCAACAUGCGCCGUCAAGUACAGGCCGGUGUCAGGGGGAUAAUUCCUCUUCUACUGGAUCCAUCAGCACGAUUAACGGAUCUAGACACAACUUUAGAAAUUGAUGUGCUGCGUGGGCAAGUUAUAUUGCUAGACUCAGCCUCUCCGCAUUUCCGCCUCUGCUCCACCGUCUCGGACAGCGUAGUGAUCACACAGCUGGGCUCUCACCGCCAUCCAGAAAUGCUGCACUCGUUCACUACUUCCUAUAGGACGCUGAUGGUUGAUCAGAAUUGUCAUGGCCAUCGUGCAUUUGGCUCAGCGGCCCUUAAUAUGAUGAUGGUUGCACAAGGAGCUUGUGACGCAAUGGUUGAAUAUGGUAUUCAUGCCUGGGAUGUUGCCGCAGCAGCCGUGAUAGUUUCCGAAGCGGGUGGCUGCAUCAUUGAUCCAACAGGAAAACCGUUCAACGUUAUGGCUCGGAAGGUGUUGUGUGCCGGCACUGAGGAGCUCGCGAUGAGUUUAAGUAGAAUUAUGACGCAUGCCGAUUUUGAACCAGAGGGAUAG